UUCACAUGCAUAUAUAACCCAUGUGGACUUCAUCGCCUUGUCACUGAAAAAGACUGGGCAGCGGUAUUGACACUGGGAUGGCAGAGGUGCCAGCAAUGGACACCAUAGCCGUUUCCACACCAAAUGUUGGUGAGAAAGAGUCUAAAUACAGUUACAGUGUGGACGAUAAGUACUUCUACAACUGCGAUGUCAACAGCAUGGCUUCCACGAGAUCAGAGGUCUUCUCAGGGUACAAUACUCUGGACGCCCCGCCAAACUAUGACUUUUAUACAAACACAGAGGUGUACGGGAGAUCCCGCAAAACAAGACCUUCUCUCUUCCAGUUACAUUCCAUCAUUCAGGAAGAGGGAUCGCCACCCCCCUUGUACGAAGAGACCGAUGGAGUGGGCCAUGGAAACAGCUCAGAUGAAGAGGGAGAGGAUCAGCCUCCCGUAGAGCCAACACGGUUUGGAUGGGUGCAGGGCGUCAUGGUUCGGUGCAUGCUCAACAUCUGGGGCGUGAUCCUCUACCUGCGUCUGCCUUGGAUCACGGCGCAGGCCGGAAUCGGCCUCGCCUGGAUCAUCAUCCUGCUGUCCUCCUGCAUCACCGGCAUCACAGGCUUGUCCACUUCUGCCAUCGCCACGAACGGCAAGGUCAAAGGAGGGGGCACCUACUUCCUCAUCUCCCGCAGCCUGGGUCCCGAGCUGGGCGGCUCCAUCGGCCUCAUCUUUGCCUUUGCCAACGCUGUGGCGGUCGCCAUGCACACUGUGGGUUUCGCUGAGACCGUGCAGGCACUCAUGCAGGAGAACAACGCCAUGAUGGUAGAUCGUCUUAACGACAUCCGCAUCAUCGGGGUGAUCACCGUCACCUGCUUGCUGCUCAUCUCCCUGGCUGGGAUGGAGUGGGAGUCCAAGGCCCAGGUUCUCUUCUUCCUGGUCAUCAUGGUCUCCUUUGCCAGCUACCUCGUGGGCACCAUCAUGCCGGCCACACCUCAGAAGCAGGCAAAAGGCUUCUUCAGCUAUAAAGCUGACAUUUUCGCGGUGAACUUUGUACCAAGCUGGCGAGGUCCUGAGGGCAGCUUUUUCGGCAUGUUCUCCAUCUUCUUCCCCUCGGCCACCGGUAUCCUUGCCGGAGCGAACAUCUCAGGUGACCUCAAGGACCCAGCAAUCGCCAUCCCUAGGGGGACCCUGCUGUCCAUCUUCUGGACUACACUAUCCUACCUCAUCAUCUCCGCCACCAUCGCAUCGUGUGUGGUCCGCGAUGCAUCGGGGGAUCUCAACGGCACUAUAUACAUGAGCAACUCAACAGACUGCGUGGGACCAGCGUGCCAGUAUGGCUGGGAUUUCAGCGAAUGCAUCAGCAACAAAACCUGCAGCUAUGGCCUCAGUAACUACUACCAGAGUAUGAGCAUGGUGUCUGCCUUCGCGCCCCUCAUCACUGCUGGCAUCUUUGGAGCAACACUCUCCUCAGCCUUGGCCUGCCUUGUCUCCGCACCCAAAGUAUUUCAGUGCCUAUGCAAAGACAGACUGUAUCCGGCAAUCGGCUUCUUUGGGAAAGGUUAUGGGAAGAAUGAUGAGCCAAUCAGAGGCUACCUACUCGCCUACAUCAUCGCCGUUUGCUUCAUUCUCAUUGCCGAGCUGAACACCAUCGCUCCCAUCAUCUCCAACUUCUUCCUCUGCUCCUACGCCCUCAUCAACUUCAGUUGCUUCCACGCCUCCAUCACUAACUCCCCUGGGUGGCGCCCAUCCUUCCGCUUCUACAGCAAGUGGCUGUCGCUGCUGGGCGCCGUGGUCUCGGUGGUCAUCAUGUUCCUGCUGACCUGGUGGGCGGCCCUCAUAGCUAUCGGCAUCAUUAUCUUCCUGCUAGCCUACGUGCUGUACAAGAAGCCAGGUGUAAACUGGGGGUCCUCAGUCCAGGCCAGUUCCUACAACAUGGCCUUAUCCUACUCUGUUGGCCUCAACACCAUUGAAGACCACAUCAAGAACUACAGGCCGCAGUGUCUGGUACUCAGUGGCCCCCCCAGUUUCCGGCCAGCCAUGGUGGACUUCGUCAGCACCUUCACGAAGAACCUGAGCAUGAUGAUGUGCGGGAACGUGGUCACAGACAGCCCCUCCUCUGAAUCUGUUGAAGCAGCACACAGUACCAGGCAUGUCAAAUGGCUAAACAAGCGGCAAGUUAGGUCUUUCUACCGUGGUGUGGUUGCGGUUGACCUGCGCUCUGGGGUGCAGAUGCUGCUUCAGGCGUCUGGGUUAGGUCGCAUGAAGCCCAACGUGCUGGUGCUGGGAUACAAGAAGAACUGGCGCAAGGAUAAACCAUGCUGCAUGGACAACUACAUCGGGGUCAUACAUGAUGCCUUCGACCUGCAGUAUAGCGUCGGUGUGUUGCGCAUGAAGGAAGGCCUGGACAUGUCCCACAACAUGCAGGCCCACGUGAACCCCGGGUUCGAGGCGUCCGCUGAGCAGGCUCACAGCAAUGGCAGAACGCUGACCAUCCCUACAGAUAGCACAUUGGACCCGGACGCCCUAGUCGCUGAGCUCCAGCCCCGCACUGUGUUCCAGUCCAAGCAAGGAAAGAAGACCAUUGAUGUGUACUGGCUCUCCGAUGACGGAGGCCUGACGCUGCUCAUACCGUACCUGCUGACCCGCAAGAAGCGCUGGGCGCAAUGUAAGGUGCGCAUCUUCGUGGGGGGAGAUGUCCAGCAGAUGGAGGAGCAGAGGAAAGAAAUCCUGGCUCUCAUCGCCAAGUUCCGUCUCCGUUUCCAUGACGUGGUGGUGCUCUCUGACAUUAAUGAGAGGCCGCGACCUGAAAACGUGAAGAGAUUUGAGGACCUACUUCACCCCUACAAGCUGAAAAAUGUGCAUAAGGAUGAGCAAUCAGGCAACCCUGAGGCUGAGAGCCGUCCAUGGAUGGUGUCUGACGAGGACAUGGAGAGAAACAAAGCAAAGUCUCUUCGACAGAUUCGUCUGAAUGAGAUUUUGCAGGAUUACUCCAGAGACGCGGCCUUGAUUAUUGUGACUAUGCCCGUAGGCAGAAGAGGUGUCUGUCCAAGUGCCCUCUACAUGGCCUGGCUGGAGACCCUGUCAUGUGACCUACGGCCACCGGUCUUCCUCGUCAGGGGCAACCAACAGAAUGUGCUCACCUUCUACUGCCAGUAGCUGGCCGCUGAUUCUCCAGUACCACGUGCUCUUGGCAGAUGCAGUAGUGUAGAAUUCUUUUUAGGGACUUUUUUAAGGAGCUAGUCUGAGAAUGUUUAGCACGUUGGGGUUAGGGUGAAUGAUCUCAUGUGCUAUAUGGCCAAAAUAUGUGGACACCCCUAUUAAUUAGGUGAAUUGCCAAAAUAAGUCACAGCCACAGCGGACAUGGGGGUGUAAUUAAGCACACAGCAAUGCGAACUCCUGCAACAGACAUUAGCAGCAGAAUGUGCGGCUGUGCAGAAGAGCUCAGUGACUUUCCACGUGGCACCAGCAAUGUUCCACCGGCUAAUGGCAACCCUUCCCGAACAGUAGAGGCUGUUAUAGCAACACAGGGUUAAACAACCUCAUCUUCGUACCCUUGGUUUCGGAAUGAGUGGGCGGACGAGCUGGUGUUCAUAUACUUUUGGCCAUACAGUGUCUCACACUGAGAGCCCCACUGAAGCACAGUUAUGAUAAUAAUUAUAAAUUAUUAUUAUUUUGAGUCAAAUUGUCUUACAAUGUUAGUUUUUGUAAAUGUCAUUAUUCUGCUUCUUACCCACUAUUUAAUUCUGCACUUUGAUGAAGUAACUUUUACUCAAACUGUGCAAAAUGGGAAUAUAUAAAACUUCAGCAGAUUGCAUUGUUUAGUUUGGGCCUUGGAAUCUGUGUUCUAAAAAAUCUUGUUCAAAUCAAUGCUGCCCCUGUAAUGAUUGAUAUAUACAUUCCAAUUGCAUUCAGUUGAAUUUUAGAUUCUGUAAAUGAAUGAGAAGUUGUAUUAAUGUUACUGCUCUAAUGAAAUAUUCAUUUAUUUAUUUUGCAUAGUGGCUGGCAGGUAGCUGUUCUGCUAAGUUGGUGUUAUUCAAAUUGCCUCUAUGUUUAGGUGUUAUAACUCUGCUUGCUGUGGCUUGGUAGGUCAGUGAUUAGUACUGUAGUUUUCUCUUCACCAUUAGGGCUGUGGGUUUGAAUCCAGCCCCAGUUCUGUAAAUGUAAACUUCAGGUGGGUUUCCUCUGGUGAAAUCGGAACAUACAGUUUUAGUUGUAUUGGUAUUUCGAUGCUGCCCUGAGUGUAAGACAACCUUGCAAUGGACUGGAAUCACAUCUAGGGCCACAACUCCUGUUAAACAUUUAGGGAAACCAAGUGAUUUGAUUUAUUAAGGUUAAUAAUUCAUUAUGGCAGUUAAAUUUUUAUAGUUGCUCAAUAAAACAAGGGCUGUUCGCGUGUUUAUACAAACAAAUAAAUAAAAAAAAGAACGGCUGAACAAAA